AUGAGUACCACAAAAAAAUUGGAAAAAGAUGAAUCGGGUAAAUGCAUUGAUAUUACAAUGUAUAGAGGUAUGAUCGGCUCCCUUCUAUAUCUUACCGCUAGUAGACCCGAUAUUAUGUUUAGUGUGUGCUUAUGUGCUCGUUUUCAAGUUUGUCCUAAGGAAUCUCAUUUGCAUGCCGUUAAGCGUAUUUUCAAGUAUUUGCAUGGCACUUUGAACCUAGGAAUUUGGUACCCAAGAAAUGUGGACCCUAGGCUACUUGGCUACUCCGAUGCCGACUAUGCGGGUUGUCUUUUAGACCGUAAAAGUACCUCCGGGACUUGCCAAUUUUUGGGUCAUAGUUUGAUCUCAUGGAGUAGCAAGAAACAAGUAUCCGUGGCUUUGUCAACCGCAGAAGUCGAAUAUAUAGCGGCCGGUUGUUAUCGUGCUCAAAUCUUUUGGAUUAAGAGUAAACACAUAGAUAUCCGUCAUCGUUUUAUACGUGAUCAUGUGCAAAAGGGAGACGUUGUAGUCAAAUUCAUGGAUACAACUAACCAAUUUGCGGAUAUUUUUACCAAGCCUCUUAAUGAAGAACAUAUGAAUUUUAUUUCGAGAGCUUGGUAUGCUUGA